GAAAUAAAAUGUUAAAAUUAAGGUUGAGGUGUUGAGUAGUCAAGUGUGAUAAUAUUGUUGGGUGUAGUUUCUUAAAACUUGGGCCUCACCUUGUUUUAUCUCUUUCUUUUGGCAUCUACUACAGAGAAGUAUGGAGGAGGAGAAAAAAGCAGUGUCAGUAUGGAAGACAAUCAAGCCUUUUGUAAAUGGAGGUGCCUCUGGUAUGCUUGCUACUUGUGUCGUUCAACCCAUUGAUAUGGUUAAGGUGAGAAUACAAUUGGGACAAGGUUCUGCAGUCCAUAUCACUAAGAACAUGCUUCGUGAUGAGGGCCUUUCUGCUUUCUACAAGGGUCUGUCCGCAGGUUUGCUGAGGCAAGCCACUUAUACAACCGCCCGUCUUGGAACUUUCAGGAUUCUGACAAAUAAAGCAGUUGCUGCUAAUGAGGGGAAGCCUGUACCUCUAUAUCAAAAGGCUUUGUGUGGUUUGAGUGCUGGAGCAAUUGGAGCAUGUAUUGGUAGUCCAGCAGACUUAGCUCUUAUUCGUAUGCAAGCCGAUGCAACCUUACCACUCGCACAAAGACGUCACUACAAAAACGCGUUUCAUGCACUCAUUCGUAUUGCUGCUGAUGAAGGUGUUUUGUCACUCUGGAAAGGAGCUGCUCCUACUAUUGUCAGAGCCAUGGCACUUAACAUGGGUAUGCUUGCCUCCUAUGAUCAAAGUGUCGAAUUUUUCCGGGAUUCUCUCGGUUUCCAAGAAACUCCCACAGUGUUAGGAGCCAGUGCAGUGUCUGGUUUCUUUGCUUCAGCCUGCAGUUUGCCAUUUGAUUAUGUUAAAACACAAAUACAAAAAAUGCAGCCAGAUGCAGAGGGAAAGUACCCCUAUACAAGUUCAUUAGAUUGUGCAAUGAAGACCUUGAAAUCCGGAGGGCCAUUCAAAUUCUAUACUGGAUUUCCCGUCUAUUGUGUUAGAAUUGCACCCCACGCUAUGUUGACAUUGAUUUUCCUCCAUCAAAUCCAGAAGUUUGAGGGUUCUGUGGGAUUAUAAAACAAGUUUGGUGUGAACAAGGAGCUUCACAGAUGCAAAUUGCCAAAGGAAACUUAAUAGUAUCAUAAAUAAUUGGAUUCCUGAAGUAUCUCUCUAUAAACACUUUAGAGUUUAGUGUUUUGCUUAAAUUUUAAUCAUAGGCUCAUCAUGCACCAUGCUUCCUGUAACAAUGAUUCUGACACCUUCAAGUUUACCAGACUUUCUGGUCCCUUUUA